AUGAUCGGAGGCAGUAAUUAUAUACGCUUACAGCAACAGACGAGCGGUGACGGCAAGGAUUUAAUGACAGGGUCCAUUUCGUUGUUAUCUAAGCAGAAGGCCCAGGAAUCCGAAGAGGUAGUAGCCUUCUCUUCUGAUGACAGUAGCGGAUACUUCAGGACUUCAACAGCGAGGAGUUUAAAAAACUACCAUGUACAGCUUAUAGGUAUCUCAGGAGUUAUUGGUACAGCAUUGUUUGUGAGUAUUGGUAAAGCGUUGUACCACGGAGGAGCAUUAUCUUUGAUUUUUGGAUUUGCGUUAUGGUGCAUUCCGAUUCUUUGCAUUACGGUAAGUACGGCUGAAAUGGUCUGCUAUCUGCCUAUUUCUUCGCCUUUCUUGCGAAUGUCCAAAAGAUGCUGUAACGAUUCAAUGGCGGUUAUGGCUGGGUGGAAUUUUUGGUUUCUUGAAUGUGUGCAGAUCCCAUUUGAGAUCGUCGCUGUAAAUACUAUUUUGCAUUAUUGGCGAGAUGACUUUUCACCAGCUAUUCCGCUAUGCAUACAGGUGGUAUUGUAUAUUGGAAUCUCACUAUUUGCAGUUAGGUAUUAUGGGGAAACGGAGGCAUUUUUGGCAAGCUUCAAGAUUUUAUUAGCUGUUGGGUUGUUUUUGUUUACAUUUAUCACCAUGCUAGGAGCAAAUCCUAAACAUGACAGAUACGGGUUCCGAAAUAUUACAACAACCAAGUUCAAGAAAUACUUUCCUAAUGGAGAAGGAUCUGAAUCAAUAGGGUACUUUCAAGGAUUCUUGGCUUGCAUCAUUCAAGCAAGUUUCACCAUCGCGGGGCCAGAUUAUGUCGCCAUGAUAGCGGGUGAAACUAUGCUCCCAAGAAAGGUAUUACCAACUGCUUUCAAACAGGUGUUUAUCAGACUAACAAUUUUGUUCCUUGGUGGGUGUCUUUGCGUUGGUAUUGUGUGCUCAAGCAAAGAUCCAGCAUUAACAGCGGUUAUCAACGAACCAAGGCCUGGAGCCGGUUCAUCUCCUUAUGUCAUUGCAAUGAAUAACCUUGGAAUCAAAGUAUUGCCGGAUGUGGUUAACGCUGCGUUGGUUACCGCCGCAUUUUCGGCAGGCAAUGCAUAUACGUACUGCUCUUCAAGAUCAUUAUAUGGUUUGUCCCUUGAUGGAUAUGCCCCCAGGGUUUUCCAAUACUGUACCAAAUCUGGCGUUCCUAUUUUUGCUGUAGCAGUCUCAUUAGUAUGGGCACUGAUAAGUUUGUUACAACUAAGUUCCAAUAGUGCGGUUGUGCUCAAUUGGCUUAUCAAUCUAAUCACUGCUUCGCAACUCAUCAAUUUCGCGGUGCUCUGCAUCGUUUAUUUAUCAUUCAGAAGGGCUUACAUCGCCCAAUACCCAUCGAAAAGCUUACCUGAACUUCCAUUUAAGUCAUGGGGGCAACCUUAUACUUGUUAUUGUGGUCUAACCGCGGUUACAUUGAUGAUAGGAGUUCAAGGGUACACCGUUUUUUUGCGUGGUAAUUGGGACGUAGAGAACUUUUUAUUCUGCUACUUAAUGGUAUUCGUUGACAUUGCAAUAUUCUUGGGCUGCUUCUUUGUAUUCAAAAGAGCAAAGGAUCCAUGGGUAAAGCCGCAUGAAGCCGAUCUUCUCACCGGAAUAGAUGAGAUAGAAGAACAUGAAAAGUCGUUAGGUUUCCAUAAAUAUGCACUCAAUUCUAUUCAGAAUUGCUAA